AUGUGCUGCUGGCUGCACCGGCACAGCAAGCCCCCCCGGGGGGCCCUCCCAGUGCGAGAUCUCGCUGUUCCCAUCAAAGGGGGUCGGGGUGGGACUGGAUGGGGUUAUCUGUUUCUCUCAAAACCUAAUAAGCAAGAUGUCUACUAAUGAGAAUGCCAAUGUAGCAGCAGCUCGCUUGAACAGAUUCAAGAACAAAGGAAAGGAUACUACAGAAAUGAGAAGGCGGCGUAUUGAAGUCAAUGUAGAGCUGAGGAAAGCUAAGAAAGAUGACCAGAUGCUUAAAAGAAGAAAUGUUAGCACUUUACCAGAUGAUGCUACUUCUCCCCUUCAGGAAAAUAGGAGCAAUCAGGUUUCAGCACACUGGUCAGUUGAAGAAAUAGUCAAAGGAGUUAAUAGCAAUAAUAUGGAGCUGCAGCUACAGGCUACGCAAGCUGCCAGGAAACUCCUCUCAAGAGAGAAGCAGCCCCCUAUAGACAACAUAAUUCGGGCUGGUUUGAUUCCAAAGUUUGUCUCCUUCUUGGGUAGAGCAGACUGUAGUCCUAUUCAGUUUGAAUCUGCCUGGGCGCUUACCAACAUUGCUUCUGGCACGUCAGAACAAACAAAGGCCGUAGUAGAUGGAGGGGCUAUUCCAGCCUUUAUUUCACUACUGGCCUCUCCCCAUACUCACAUCAGUGAACAGGCUGUGUGGGCAUUGGGAAAUAUUGCAGGGGAUGGUUCCACCUAUAGAGAUCUAGUUAUUAAAUUUGGUGCAAUUGAGCCACUGCUGAGUCUACUAGCUGUUCCUGAUCUCUCUUCUCUGGCUUCUGGAUAUUUACGCAAUGUUACCUGGACCCUCUCAAACCUGUGUCGUAAUAAGAAUCCUGCGCCACCCGUAGAAGCUAUUGAGCAGAUUCUUCCAACUCUUGUUCGGCUCUUGCACCAUGAUGAUCAUGAGGUGUUAGCAGACACAUGCUGGGCACUUUCCUAUCUAACAGAUGGUUCCAAUGACAGGAUAGAAGUUGUAGUGAAAACCGGAUUGGUGCCACAACUUGUGAAACUCCUGGGAUGUAGUGAACUGCCAAUAAUGACUCCUUCAUUAAGAGCCAUAGGAAAUAUCGUCACUGGUACUGAUGAGCAGACGCAGAUUGUUAUUGACUCGGGAGCGCUAUCUGUCUUUCCAAGUCUCCUUUCUCAUCAUAAAAACAACAUUCAGAAAGAAGCAGCGUGGACAAUGUCCAACAUCACUGCUGGACGACAGGACCAGAUUCAGCGAGUUGUAGACCAUGGUCUUGUACCUUAUCUCAUUGGUAUUCUGAGGAAGGGGGAUUUCAAAUCUCAAAAGGAAGCUGUGUGGGCUGUGACUAACUACACAAGUGGUGGAACAAUUGACCAGAUCGUGUAUCUCGUUCAGGCUGGUGUUGUUGAACCCCUCCUGAAUCUCCUUUCAGCUAAAGACAGCAAAACUGUGCUAGUUAUUCUGGAUGCUAUUUCUAAUAUCUUCUUGGCUGCUGAGAAGAUUAAUGAGACUGAAAAACUUUGCCUCAUGAUUGAGGAGUGUGGAGGUCUAGAUAAAAUUGAAGCUCUCCAGUCACAUGAAAAUGAACAAGUGUACAAAGCCUCAUCCACCCUCAUUGAGAAAUAUUUCUCAGCAGAAGAGGAGGAAGACCAAAAUGUUGCACCAGAAUCUACUGCUGCCAGCUACACUUUCCAAAUUCAGGGCAAUGUUCCAAACACUUUCAACUUCUAG